CUCCGAAAAACGUGGCCUGGUCGCUCCACUCGAUCCCUUCAAACCGGACGGAGAUUGGAAAUGUUUGACGUGCAAGGAAGACUACAACGUCGCCUAUGUCAACUCUCUGAUCCAGAAAGCUGGUCAAGAGAUGGACCAACUUCACGACAAAAUCGGCGACAUCGCGGCCAAGGAAGACUUUGUGAAACAAUUUUCGAAAACCUUGUCGCCCAAUCACUUUUACUUGUUGGAGGUGAAAGUAGAGCUGGCCCAGCUUUACGGACGGACGAGUGAGGAGCCGUUGCAUAUGAUGAGUCCGAAAAAUCUCGUGAGGAAGAUUAACCUCUGUGAAGAACUUUUGGUCACGCUCAACAUAAUUUAUCCAGGCUACAAUAGGUUGAGAGCUUUGAUCAUUUAUGAACUCCAAGCCGCAGUCUUCAUGCUUUCACAACUUCGCCGCAGUUGUGGAGAUAUUUCAUUGGAAACGCAUUUGGAAGAGUUGAUGCAAUGCGGUAAGUGGAUGACUGAAGUGAUAAAGUGCUCGGAUGGGAAAGCCAGCAUUCGAUCGAGCGAAAAAGGGCAGCUGGGGCCGAGAGAGACUUGGACAAUUUGAGAAAGGCUGUACUUUCACUGCAGAAUUUGCCUGAACCUACGGCUACCUUAUCAGUCGAUAAGGUAGCUGCUGCUGGAUCCAGGAAUGAAAAUGCAAAACCACCUUCCAGCCCGAAGAAAGGAGGAGAAAAGGAGUUAUCAUCACUUGAUAAGGAUCUGGAGAAGGAUAUUCUCGAAAUUGAAAGAUCCC